AUGCGUCCACGUCUUCCAGACUACGCUAAUGCCCCCAGGACCAGGCGUCUACCAGGAAGGCCGAAGGAGGGGCGUAUACCAUCGACAGGAGAGAUAGCUGGGGGAAGUAAGAAGAAGGUGGAGCCUAAUAAGUGUAGUAGGUGUUUGAAGAGCGGCCACAAUAGGAGAAGCUGCACAAACCCAAUUUGA